AUGACUUGGAAAGAAAGGGCCGGCCCAACGGGCAGCGGUCAACGAAGACCAUCUCGAUCACCGCGCAGUCAGAGAAGUCGGAGUGCCGAUGUUGAUUGCUUAAAAAAAUAUACCGAAAGAAGAAUCGAAGGAAGAAGACAUACUGACGUUGCCGAUACUAGUAAGUUAGAUACGUCAAGAUGGAUACCAUUGGCAAAGAAUGUCUCUCGGGGUCAAACGAGUUUGAAAAAAACGGCACAAGUUUCGAAGGACGAAGAUAAAGGACGAUAUGAGAGUAGCUCCAAUACGGUGAGAAGCGAUUCGAUAAAGUGGCAACAAACUUCUUCGAGUAAGAUCUCAGAGGAAGUGGAUGAACGUAAAAGGAAUCUACCAAAUGAAAGGAAAGUAGAAGAAGUAGAAGAAGAAGAAAAAGCUAAGUUUCAUGGUAGACAAGCAGCUGCUCGUAGUCGAAGUACUGACGUUACUAUAUUCAAGAAAGAAAAAUAUACCGAAGAACGAAGACAUACUGACUGCGGUGAUAUCAGAAUUUCAUCCAGAUGGAUACCACAAAUAAAUAGCGCCAGAUUUCGCAGUGACACGUCGACAUUCGCGAAAUUCACAAAUUCUUACGAAAUUACGAAAAAUGCUGCAACUAGGUGGAUAACGUUCGCGAAAAAUCCAUCGCCGUUUCCAACGCCUCGAAUGAAUCCCGAUAAAAAAACACAGAUGGAAGAGAGUUCACGAAAAAACGAAGAAUCUUGUACAAAAGAAAACAAAACUGAAGCAACAAAAUGGACACCUUUGCGAAAAUUUGCAUCGCCUGUACCGUCCAAACGAAAUACUGAAAACGAUACGACACCAGAUUUAUCGGAGAUCACUCCGCAAAAUCGCUUGAAAAACAACGACGCGUCUGAUGCACUUGACAAAGCUAACAGAUUGAGCCAACGAAUGCGAGAUCUCUACGAUUUCAAAACGGAAAACGAAUGGCCAAAGAGAUUAAAGAAUCGACCGUACGAAGAAACGUGGAUAAGUAAAAGUAGUAGCGAGGAAGAAAGACAUCCUCCCAGUGGUCGUAGAAAUAGUCAAGAUAUGGAAUUUAACGACAGAUCGUUACGAAUCAGGGAUACGAGAUCGCAAAUGCAUCGAACGGACGAAUCGAAGAUCUUCCAUAGCGACACGGAUGAAAGAUCAAAGAAAUUCACGGAAAGGCAUAGCAAUUCGGAGGAUCUUGGAUUACGCGGUACUGCCGAAAAGUUACGAGCUCAAAACCGACGCACGCAAUCGGACGAUUACGACGAAAAAUGUAGGAAAAGGAACAGCUAUCGAUCGGAUAGCAGAGAAGAGGGUUCCCAACCGAGAGGAGAACAACGCGUACACAUUGAAAACAAAAGGAACUCCGACGCUAGUGGAAGAUCUCAGGAAUCACGUGGUAGUUAUGCCGAAGUUGAGUUUCCUAGUAAAAGAAAUUCACGAACGAGCAACGUUAGUUAUGCCAGUGUCCUUAAUCCAACUGGCAAGAGAGGUAGUUUAGAAUGCAGAUCGACUCAGCGUAUUCUCGAAAUGCCACCACGAAGAGCAUUCAGUCAAGGGGAGGGAAGACCGGCCACUCCGGUACCACCGGUCGAAAUGAACGCAGAUCGUGUCGUCGCUGUUAGAUUGAUCUCGGAAUGUCAAAAGAGAGACAGCACCAGAUACAAGGUCUAUCUAACGUAAAUAAAGGCGGAACACGUUUCUAAAGAUUUUCUAAAUAAAUUUCGAGGAAAUGAGAAAAAAAGGAAAUAAUAGAAUAUAUCUUUCUCGACUCUUUGCAGAUCGAUCAAUCGUUCGAUCAAUCUUUAACCAUACUGAUUUAUUAUACAAUUAGAGUUCAAUGUGUUUCUUGAAAUAAUCACCUGAAGCACUUACUCCUCGACUCGCCGUGUAUGCGUUGAACAUUUCACACGGAAUUAUUAUUAUUAUUAUUAUUACUAUCGUCGUCGUCGUUGGACGUGUACAUCGUUAAUUCUCUGCAAAUAUUAUUUACUAAUGGAACGUUCGAUGUAAAGCUGGAAAGAGUCGAGUAUUCGUUGUCCUGCUAGGUAUAUUGAAAAAUCGAUAUUUUCUGAAAGGAAAAGAAAAAGCGAAGGAGGCUAAUAAAGUCUUUAGAUUAGAAAUUAAAUAAAGUUUGAAGUAAGGUAAUAGAGUUAUUAAUGUGCCUCUCAUGUUGAAACGAUUCCAAAUCAUAAAAGUCAAGGAAAAAUAUAUAAAUUUGUGCCUGUAAUAAGAAACAAUCAGGGUAACAGUGAGUGAUAUAUAAACGAAAUAAUUAUUAUUAUUAUUAUAUACCUACGUAUUAUGUAUAGUAUUAUUACGUGUUUAAAGCGCCGUUAGCUCGUCUCAUCGUCGUAUUUUCCACGUGAAAUACUCGUUGAAUUUUUAAAGAUUAAUACACCUUCAAGUAUAUAUGUGUAUAUAUAUAUAUAUAUACAUACAUAAAAUAAUAUUUAAUAUAUAAUAUGAAUAUUAUAAUUCACAUAUAUAUAUAUAUAUGUAUAUACGUAUAUACAACUUGUGGCAACUGAUUAAAAUAAACAAUGAAAUCUUUCGUUCUUACAGUGUUAACCAAUAAGAAAAAAAAAAUAUAUAUAUAUAUAUAGUAAAUAUGUUCGCAAAGUAUUCAUUUUUUCUUGUGUUCAAAUUGAAUGAAUACUAUAUCUCAUUUGAUACUGCGCCACAGUUAUAAAUAAAUAAAUAAUGUUAUAUCAUAAUCACAUUACACUCGAAACGUAGAAAAAGGCAAGAAGAAACGAAUGACUAUUCCACACUCGCGUUGUAUGUAAGAAAUAUACAAACAAAACUAAGUGUUUUAAACGAUUAAGAAAAAAGAAACGAUGUGACGAACUCUCUCUUUCUCUCUUGCUCUCUCGCUCUCUCUCUUUCGCAAGCGCGCGCGCACGCGCGUGAUCGAUCGUUCUUUAUAUAUUAUAAUAAUUAAAAAGUCACUGCACUGGUUUAAAAUACGCCACACGCACAGGAUGUACAAAAGUGUCAUGCUAAACGAACAUAAAUAAAUAAAUAAAUAAAGUUUUUGUGAAACGAUGA